AUGACUCACACCACACAAAUGAGUGAUGAGGAAGAGGAUGAUGAUGGCUGUGACCUUUUUGCUGACUCUGAGAAGGAGGAGAAAGAUAUGGAGGACAUUGAAGAAAAUAUUAGACCUAAAAGCAGACCUACUUCGUUUGCAGGUGAGCUGGCUGCCCGCAUCAAGGGGGAUGCCGUGGGCCGAGUGGACAAGGAGCCGACAACCUUAUCCUCAGGAGAAGCAAAACCUCAGAAGACACUCAAAGAGAAGAAGGAAAGGAAAAGUCCUUUAGACGAUGAAGAGGAUAACUUAUUCACACCCCCCAAGCUGACCGACGAGGACUUCUCACCAUUUGGCUCUGGAGGUGGCCUGUUCAGUGGGGGCAAGGGGCUCUUUGAUGAUGAGGACGAGGAGAAUGACCUCUUCACGGAAGCCCCACAGGAUCAGCAAGCUGGAGCCUCUGUUAAGGAGGAGUCUUCAUCAUCCAAACCUGGCAAGAAAAUCCCAGCAGGAGCUGUUUCUGUAUUUUUAGGAGACACGGAUGUGUUUGGUGCUGCCUCCGUUCCAUCACUGAAGGAGCCACAGAAGCCUGAGCAGCCCACUCCAAGGAAAAGCCCCUACGUUCCCCCUCCCACUGGCCUCUUUGGUGAUGAUGAUGGUGAUGAUGAUGAUGACUUUUUCUCAACACCCCACAGCAAACCUUCCAAAACAGGCAAAGUCCAAUCCACUGCCGAUAUCUUUGGUGACGAAGAAGGAGAUCUGUUCAAAGAAAAAGCCGUAGCAUUGCCAGAAGCCACUGUGAGUCAUAUAGAUGAAAAUAAAGGAAGAGCAGAAAAAAAGGUUACCUUACCUUCCAGCAAAAAUCUCAAGCCCUUGUCAGAAACAAACACUCAAAAAGGCUUAUUUUAGGAUCAGGAGGACUCUGAGGAUUUGUUUUCUUCUCAAAGUGCGAGUAAGUUAAAAGGUGUAUCUCUGCUGCCUGGCAAGCUCCCCACGUUGGUUUCCCUGUUUGAUGAUGAAGAUGAAGAGGAUAAUCUUUUUGGGGGUACAGCUGGUAAGAAGCAGACAUUAUCUCUGCAAGCUCAGAGACAAGAGAAAGCAAAAGCCUCCGAGCUCUCCAAAAAGAAAGCAUCUGCCCUGUUGUUCAGCAGUGAUGAGGAGACACAGGAGCCUUCAGAAAGGAAGACUCAGAGAAACAGGAAAUCCUGUGUCGAUUUUAUGCUGUCUGAUGAAGAAGCAGACAGUUUUGGAGAAGCACGAUUAGAUGAAAGGGGUGUGACCUGA